CCAGGUGUCAUUAAAGUUAUUAUUUGACAAAAAAUAUAUAUUUACAUGCAAUAUAAGUGAAACAUUUUAAACGCAUGGUUGAAAAGUCACACGUUUUCUUUAUAGGCUAAGAAUCUUUCCCACAGACCACUUUUCACGAUGCAGUUCGACAUAAGAAGACUUGAUAUUUAUCGUAAGAUUCCAAAGGAUUUAACUCAGCCGACCUCUACAGGGGCCUUGAUAUCUAUAUCCAGCAUUCUCUUCAUUGUCUUCCUGUUCUGCUCGGAACUGCUCUACUACAUCAGAGUCGAUGUAGAAAGUGAGCUGACAGUUGAAGAUCCAGUGAGACAUUCGGAGAAGAUUCCAGUCUUCAUCAACAUCAGUCUUCCCAAGAUGGAAUGUCAAUAUAUUGGCUUGGAUAUUCAAGAUGACAUGGGUAGACAUGAAGUUGGUUUCCGUGACAACACACAAAAAUUUCCAUUAGGUGCUGCAAAAGAAGGAUGUCGUUUUGAAUCAUUUUUCCUCAUUAACAAGAUCCCAGGCAACUUUCACGUGUCAACUCAUGCCUCAAGUGUUCAGCCAGUAACUCCAGACAUGACUCACUUCAUUCACAAAGUGAGGUUUGGAAUGGAGAUGGAAAGUGGAAAGAAUAUUAAAGGCUCUUUCAAUGCUUUAGAAAAUGUUGAUAAGCGUAAAGGAAAGGAUAUUGCAACACAUGAUUACAUAAUCCGUGUUGUGCCGACAGUUUAUGAAGCAUUGGGCACAACACCUCGGUUUCCAUACCAGUAUACAUACUCAUACCGGGAGGUAGUCCAACAUCACCAUCCAGCUAUAUGGUUCCGCUAUGAUUUGAGCCCUAUCACUGUACGCUACAAGGAAAAGACAAAGCCAUUUUAUACCUUUUUGACCACUAUCUGUGCUAUCAUUGGAGGAACAUUUACAGUAGCUGGCAUCAUAGAUUCUUUAUGUUUUACUGCUUUAGAAAUAUUCAAGAAAGCUGAACUGGGAAAAUUAAGUUGAUCUGUAACCAUAUUGUAUUUUAAUCUUUGUUUUUUAAACACACAAGCAUUCCCUGCUCCUUAUGCAUUUGUGUUGCCAUGCCUGAAUAUUUAUCAAAAUUAUGUCUAUUUUCAAAAACUAAAAAUUCAGAUUAUUUUUGAUUCAUUCUUGAAAGGAUUAUCCUGCAAGGUAUUUGUUUCUGUACACACUUAUUUGUAACUUACAUUUUCCUGCAGCCUGUUACUAAAUGAAUCCUUGCGGAAUAAUCCAUUUAAUUUUGUGAGGGAAAUUUUUUUUGUUCAUUGAAAAGUGUUUUUGAUAGCAGUCAUCUUUAAUAACAAAUGUUUUAAUUUGUCUCAUAAGCCUGUCAUUUACAAAUAGCAAAUAUACAGGUCACCAUUUUAUUUGUUAUCCUGGUAUAUUGUCAUACUUAGGUUUAAGACUUAAUGAAAAAUAGCUUCUAUACAGUUCACGAUUUUAUUUGUUAUCCUGGUAUGUCAUACUUAGGUUUAAUACUUAUUGAAAAAUAGCUACUAUACAGUUCACAAUUUUAUUUGUUAUCCUGGUAUGUUAUCAUACUUAGGUUUAAGACUAUGACCAAGUAGAUUUCAGGCAGUUUUACCUAUGUUGUUGAUUGGAUGAAUUUUUAUAUCUGAGUCAUUGUUAUGGUUUAUUAAAUAUUGGGACCAAUUUUCAUAACAUUGUGCAUCUUUCUUUGAGAUAUUUUAUGAUGUUUUGAAUACCGAUAUAUUGUAUUUUGAUGAAUAUUUGGUGGAAAUUCUUUAAAAAUUGUUUCACAAUGUAUUUAUCACAUCAAUAACUUCCCUUGUGGUUGUGCGUUUGAAAAUGAAACAAACAAUAACAUGGUCAUACUUGUUUUAAGUAAAAUAUUCUGAAUCUUAAAUAUUUUAGUUGGGGAACAUCUUGUGAUUGCAAAAUCAAAAUAUCUUCACACAUCAAUCAUAAAUGAAGUGAUGGAACUAUUUUCAACUCAGUUUUUUUCAGUAAUAAAUAUUUGGAAUUGUUUUAUUUAGCAAGCAUCAAAUACUGACAAAAAACGAAAUGAUACAUCAUUUGCAAUUAUAAAAUAUUAUCUAUAUGAUGUAUCUUAAAUCAUUUUUAAUAACAAGAAGUAAUCUAACAUCAUCCAAAUAUGAGAUCAACUGAAAAUAAUAAUGUUAAUAUUUAAAAAUAAAGUGUCACAUAAUGUUUGCAUGUUAUUAUAUCAGUAAUGUAAUAUGUUUAAAAAUGCAUGUUAAUUUGAAUAAUGGUACUUUAACUGAAUUUUAGACAAACUUUCUUCUUCUUUGGCCUUGUCGCUUUUAAAAUCAAAAUCAUAUUUAGUUUGUGUGUGUGUGUGUGUGUUUGAGCAUGGUUUGUUCAGUUGGUAAAAUGUGUGGGAGUCACUUUGAAAAGUUCUAAGCAACAUCUUGUUGAUAGUGUACUAUGCUGAGUAAUGUGUAUUAUAAAAUAUUUAACCACGUUUUAAAAAUAUAUCCUUAAAAUAUAGACAGGAGUGCUAAAAGUACUUACCUGCUCGUCAAAUGCAAGUAAAUAUUCUGAUUGAAAUCACCAGUCCAAUGGCACCAUCUUUGUUCUCACAUCUAUUUUCCAGACACAUUUUUUUUCUGUGCAUAAAGAUACUAAACUGCAAUUUUGUGUAUACUUUUAUUGUGUAGAGUUACAGAUCAAGUUCGGCUUUCGUGGGGUUUAGAAAUCAAGUUUGACUUUCAUGGGGUUUACAGAUCAAGUUCGACUUUCAUGGGGUCUACAGAUAAAGUUCGACUUUCAUGGGGUUUACAGAUCAAGUUUGACUUUCAUGGGGUUCACAGAUCAAGUUUGAUUUUCAUGGGGUUUACAAAUCAAGUUCAACUUUCAUGGGGUUACCCAUUUUUAACAGAGUUGUGGAGCUUUAACUUAGGAGAUAUGAACAUAUCUGGGCCUGGUUUGUUGACAUAGGAGUAAUCUGAGGAUGCUUGUUUUCCCCCGAAUCCGUUUAGAAAGGGAUAGCUCCACCCCCAUCCCUGGAUAUGCUACAUAUUGAACAUUUAUAUUUCCCCAACAUCUUACACCACUCCAUUUGAUUACUACAGUAUUCACCCUUCAGAAUGCCAAACUGAACAAAGCUUGUAUAUACUGCAUGGCCAGUUUUACACCAAAUCGGACUGGUUUUAGAAUGUCAAUUUAAAAAAAUUGAAAUAUUUGUUCAGAUGCCCCAUUAUUGAAGUAGCUUCCAGUUGUAAAUGAUUUCUGUGUAAUUUUAACGAUGAAGAGUUGAAACAGAACAUUUUAGGAACUGAUUAAUUCAAUGGCGCACUCAACUCAUUUUAUUUACAGUUAUAUGGCAUCAAACAUUGUUAAGGACCACACAGAUAUUGAGGGAGGAAACCCGCUGUUGCCACUUCAUGGGCUACUCUUUUCGAUUAGCAGCAAGGGAUCUUUUAUAUGCGCCAUCCCAUAGACAGGAUUGCACAUACCACAACCUUUGAUGGACCAGUUGUGCACUGGUUGGAGCGAGAACAAAACAUUUGUCAUGGGGUGUUUAAUGUAAUCUACUAACCUCCCUUUGUAUACCACUGCAUGUAAGCAAGUAACUAUGUAAUUUAUCCAAGGUUGAUGGAAAACAAAAAUAAUAAAUUGUAAAUGACUGAUUACCAGUAUAUUUUGCUAGAAACUUGCCAAAUUGUUUUAACUAAUACAAGUUUUCCUAUGUCUAUAAGACCUUUAAACAUUGUUUCUCCUGGUCUUAUUUCACCCACCAAUGUUGGAGUUGAAAUUAAUUUAAAACUCUCCCAGUAUCACUGUUAAAACUGUCAAGAAAUAAAAUGAUAUUAUCUGAUAGACUUUAUACUGUGAUUGUCCCAAAAUAUAGAUUUUAUUUUUGAGUCUAAUCAUCCCAUUUUGCCAGUAGUUAAUUAUGCAGUUAUUCAUCUUGUCUACCAGCUGCUACAAAUUGUAUUUCUUUUUAGUGUUUUCAUUUCUUGAUCUCGCCCCUAAGAGCCUGAAACCCAAAUUUCAUUAUACUUUGGAUAUCAUUUUCUCCUUUGACAAUCUUUGGUAUUUGCAAAGCAAAUGGAAAAUAGGUUCACUGUAUUUUUUAUUUACGUUGUUUUACAAACAAAAACAGUUAAGAAAUCCUGGCCUGUUUGGAUGAACUUUGUUGUGUUGGUAGGUGAAGCUUUUAAACUGCAGAUUGUUUUUAGUAUUUGAUCAUGAUGGGCCCAAUUUACAAAGCCUCUUUUUGUCUUUCAUGCCUAUGACUACAUCCGGCCUCGGUGGUGCAGUGGUUAAGCAAUCUUGACUACAGGCUGGUAGGUACAGGGUUCGCUGCCCGGUACCGGCUCCAACCCACUAACCAACUAACAACUAACCCACUGUCCUGGACAGAC